UCGAAUUUCUUACUUUUUUAUUUUUUAUUUUUUAAAAAUAUUUUUCCAUGUAUUACAGACUAGAUUUAAUAAUCUCUAUGUUUUCUUAAAUAAAUGGAAUUUGAUUUAUAAUGGUCUGCUUCUGGAACAAUUAAAAUCCGAAAAAUUUCCAAAACGUUGUGUUUGUUUGUUGGCUGCGAUUGUGAUGGAAUAGAUCUUUGGGGGUUUUGAGUGUGGGGCUUAUUAGGUUUUCGAUUUAUUUUGGAGUUGGAAGUUUCGGUGUAAUUUUGUUGUUUAUUCUAAAGAGCCGUUUGGGGUUUGACUAAUGGAGAUGACGAUGGGAUAUAAAUGGAAUUUCGUAAACUUGUUUGGAUUUGGAUUUAGGAUCCAUUUAGCCUUUUGAUUUUGGUCUUUAUUUAUAAGAAAUGGAGCGUCGGAGACUCUGGAUUGCGGUUACCUUUUCAUUCUACUUUGCUAGUAUUGUUGAAACCAUUGAGCUUCAAUUUUGACAGAGGUUUCAAUUAGAAUUUUCGGCUAUUUCUGUGAUAUAUUUUGAUGCCGAGGGAUUACAGAUUUGAGGGUCCAGGGAUGGCAAGUGGGUUUGGCGAAUCAACAAGAAGGCCAUCCCAAGGCCCUUCUUGCUCAACCAAUAACAAUAACAACAAUGAUACUGGUAGUUUUGAAUGCAAUAUUUGCUUUGACUUAGCUCAAGAUCCUAUUGUAACUUUAUGUGGCCAUCUCUUCUGCUGGCCUUGUCUUUACAAAUGGCUCCAUGUGCACUCACGUUCGCAGGAUUGCCCUGUUUGCAAGGCCCUCAUUGAGGAGGACAAGUUGGUUCCUUUGUAUGGAAGGGGAAAGACAUCAACUGAUCCAAGAUCAAAGUCGAUUCCCGAUGAUAACAUUCCACACCGUCCCACAGGACAGAGACCUGAAACAGCCCCUCCACCAGAUCCAAAUCAUUUUCCCCAGCACGGGUUUGGAUUCAUGGGAGGUUUGGGAGGCUUGGGAGGGUUUGCACCGACGACAACUACAAGAUUUGGGAAUUUCACGUUUUCUGCUGCUUUUGGUGGUCUUAUCCCCUCAUUAUUAAAUCUUCAGGUGCAUGGGUUUCAUGAUGCUGCAAUGUAUGGUGCUGCCACUGGUUUUCCUUAUGGAUUCUCUAAUUCAUUUCAUGGUGGCCAUAUGCAUAGAUUCCCUCCAAAUAGGCAUCAGGGACAGCAAGAUUAUUUCCUAAAGAGGCUGCUUUUAUUUAUUGGGUUUUGUGUUCUUCUCGCUCUUUUAUGGCAGUAGAUAAAAAAUGCAACCACAGUUGGAACUGCUAGUGGUUAUUUAGAGUUUCCUACCUCGAAGAAUUUGUAAAGUUGUUGGUUCAUCUUUUCUGUUUAGUUUUACAAUCCUGGAAUUGUUCAUAUUAUAUUUGUCGAUACUCCUUUUCAGCUUUCCAUGAGCAUUAUUAUACUGCAACUGCAA